GCUCGAGAGGCACGCGUGCUCGUCGGACGACGCUUGCACCAAACGGGGGCCAGGUUUGUGUUUGUGUUUGUGUUUGUGUUUGUGUGGGUGUGUGGAGGAAAGGAUCGGCAGCAGCAGCAGUAGCAGCAGCAGCAGUGGUGGGGGUCGCAGCAGCAGCAGCCUCGUGGCGUGGAUACGGUCUCAUUUGGUGAGGCGGGAUUCGUGGUAUCCGGGAGAGUGGAGCAACUCGUCAGAUCUUCGGUCAGCUCGUCGCAUUCGCUCCAGCCGCCUCAACAGCAAGGUAGACUACGAGUUCUCGUUCAUUUGCGCGGCUACAGCAGCAGUAGCAGCGCUCGCGGGGGAUAGGGGUCAUCGCGAGAGUGUCGUGGCAGCAGCGGAACGAGCAACGAGGUUCGUCGAGGUGGUCGGCUGACGUCGGAGCUCGAGAGGCACGCGUGCUCGUCGGACGACGCUUGCACCAAACGGGAGCCAGGUUUGUGUUAUUUAUGGUCCGGUUUUCGUUUCAGGAAAGGAACAACCGCACGUCGUCGGGGCAGGACGCGCGCGCCCACGCUCCAUCGGUUGGGGCCCCACGACGUUUGCCGGGCUCUCGGUCGCAGGGACGCGGCAUCGCAAUGACUAUGCCGGCUUGGCUGGUCGCACGGGGACUAGGCGGUACCAGUACCAAUAGCCAGUUCGGCGGGCUGCAGCGGCACGCCGUAUCCGCGUCAAGCGGAAGCGUGAGGAGCGGCAGCGGGCGGCGAGGUGGCGAGGCGGGGGCGAACAGCCCCUCCUGUUUGCGGGGCUUGGUUAUGGCACCCGCCGAGAGGUCUUUACCUCCAAGCUCUCAAUCGGCGGGGAGGGGCCUGCAUCGGACUGUCCCGGCGUGGCAGCUUGCCGGACGUGCAAACAACGGAAGCUGCGCCACCGAGAGGUCUUUGCCUCAGGGCUCUCAGUCGGCAGGGCGGGGCCUGCAUCGAACUGUUCCAGCGUGGCAGCUUGCCACGCGAGAGGACGACGGAUGUCGAGCACUUUGCCGGGUGGGGGGGUUGCAACAGGAGUCGGCAUUAGAGACGGCCGAUAGGGCCGGAAACGUCGGCAGGGGCACAGCAGGGGAAGACACAGGGGCUUCUACGCGACAGUUGGCCAGCGGACCACACAUGUCGAGCGCAUCCCCGCCGCGCAUGACAGGAUCAAGCCGACGACGCUCAGGGUCCUCCGGGUAUCCUCCGGAGGAGGAGGAGGUCAGCGUCGCUCGAUGGGGGUGUUCCGGACCGACCUCAGCAGCGGCCUCGAGUGUCCUUUUCUCCGAGCACGCGUAUUUCGCCGCAGCGGCCUCGACACGGAAUUGCUUUGGGUCGCCGAAAUGCUUCUCAUCGGCCGGCGGGCGGUGA